AUGCAUCACCCCGGUGCCAAGACUGCCGGCGGUCCUGAUGUCGAGACCACUGCCGCUGUCGCCGACGGGGAUUCGCCGGAGCUGGCCGAGCAGCCAAAGAGCACAACAAUGGCGGCCGACGAGUCCCGCGUGUCCGGGGAGCGGGUUGGGACAGUCAAUUACCAGCCCGUGCGGGCGCCUUUGCCGGGCUCGCCCUGGUUCUCUUCGUCUUCCAUCUGGACGCGGCCUGUCUGA